AACUCACCGCUUUUCUCAUUAUCGCUCUGUCGAUAUCACCUAUCGAAAUUUUAGAAAAUAAUGGACGAUGAUUUAAAUGCUCUUCGCCAAAAACGUUUGGCUGAAAUGGAAGCUAACCAGCGGGGCUUCGGAGGGGAAGGUAGUGAAGAUGCCCAAAGAAAAAUGGAAAUGCAGAAGAAGCAGGAAGACAUGAAAAAUAGUAUUUUAAAUCAAGUGCUUGAUCAAAAUGCGAGAGCAAGAUUAAAUUGCAUAGCACUAACCAAACCGGAAAAAGCUAAAAUGGUUGAGAGCAUGCUAUGUCAAAUGGCUCAAACUGGGCAGAUAAUGGGAAAAUUGGGUGAAGAUCAAUUAAAAAGUCUUCUAGAACAAGUUAACCAGAAGACCCAAAAGCAAACUACAGUUAAAUUUGAUAGAAGGAGAGCUGCUUUCGAUAGUGAUGAUGAAGAUUAUUGA